AAAACAAUUUAAUAGAGAACGAUACCAGCGAAUGAUAUAUCUGUACAUAAAUCAUGUCUUCACUUGGAGAGCUUAAAAAGUUAAGACUGAUACACUUAUGCAUUGCCGUCACUUUCUUCAUAUCCGGACUGGUGAUAAAUCUGCUGCAGUUAAUAUUACAUGUGGGAUUGAAACCUUUCAAUGUUGUGCUUUUUCGGCGCAUCAUGUACUAUCUCUGCUAUUCGCUGAACUCACAACUGCUAUUUUUCGCUGAGUGGUAUUCGAAUAGUAAAUUACAUGUUUAUAUGGACCCCGAUGACUUCAAGAAAUACAGUGGUAAAGAACAUUGUAUGCUUAUGAUGAAUCAUGCUUAUGAAGUCGAUUGGCUCGCCGGUUGGAUGUUUACCGAAAAGAAUGGCGUUUUAGGCAAUUGUAAAGCGUAUGCAAAGAAAGCUAUUUCCUAUGUGCCUGCAAUCGGUUGGGCAUGGUAUUUCGCUGAAUUUGUGUUUUUGGAACGUUCAUACGACAAGGAUAAGGAGAUAAUUGCACGUCAACUAAAGGAGGUGUUUGCCUAUCCAGAUCCUGUAUGGUUGCUGCUGAAUGCUGAGGGAACGCGCUUCACGCCGAAGAAACACGAGGCUUCUGUUAAAUUUGCACAGGAGCGUGGUAUGCCUGUGUUAAAGCACCACUUGAUACCGCGCACAAAGGGCUUCACUGCAAGCUUACCCACCCUACGUGGCCGUUGUCCAGCCAUCUAUGAUAUUAACCUGGCCUUCAAAAAGGAUGCUAAGAACCCACCAACUAUCUCUACACUGCUGAAUGGACUUCCGAUAGAGGGUUUCAUGUUUGCACGUCGCAUUCCACUCGAGAGUGUGCCUGAAGACGAGACAGCGGCUGCUGAGUGGCUACAAAAUUUAUUCCGCGAAAAGGAUCGCAUUAUCGAUAGUUUCCAUACAACAGGCAGCUUCUUUGAAACGUCCGGCUUUAAGGAAGUGCCUGUAAUGCAUUUUAAAUAUCGGCCAUAUAAUUUUUUGAAUUUUGCACUCUGGGCUGUAUUCUCGAUAUCACUAAUACUCUACUAUUUGGUGUCUUCAUUUUUGUCUCAAAAUUGGAUUGGCCUUUCGAUUGCUGUCGGCAUACUAUUAGCGAUCUACAUACUUAUGGUUAAGUCGAUCAAUAUGUCGAAAAUCAGCAAAGCUUCAUCUUAUGGCUCCGAAACACCAACGCAACAACAACAAAAGUCGAAGUAACUGAAAUGUUGAUAGAAGGGCUUGCGGGCAAACAACUUGUAAGCGUCCAUAAGUUACAAAUUUUAUCAAAUAUGCAUAAGCGUACACACAAAAUAAAGCGUACAAGCGAUAUGAUUAGAAGAGUAUCUUAUACAAACAAACAUACAUAUAUAGCCGUAAAUGUAUUUUCACAAUAUCAUGUUAAAGUGAAAGAAGUGGAUUAAAUUUUUAUUU